GCUAUUCUUCAUGUCCAGCCCUAAAACGUUUAUGAGGGUUUCCAUAGUAGGACGUGCUAUAGCUUUUCCAGUGCGCUGUGGGGACUAAAUCAAUUAUGCUUUCAGAUACUGUCAAGCAAUUAUCCAAUCGCCGGGGUUGUUCAACGUGGGCAUUUCGUCUCGCGUAGUUGAAACAUACUUGUUUGGUUUCAUCAAGGUUCAUUGUGUUACCGCUCUGUUUAGUGCAAACGAUUCGGUGUAAGUGGAUCGGAUUUCACCACAACAACCAUGUUACCAUAUUCUUCAUUUCGAUUUUCCCCCGUGUUGCUGCCAGUAUAUGGAACAAAUGGACGGUGAAGGUGUGAAGAGCGAGCACUCAGAACGAUUUUCUGGGGAAAGAAGACCAAGUAUCAUGAGACUACAGGGGAUGCUGAGCAGGGCCUCACAGAGUCCGUUCCGUAAAUCUUACAAGACUCUUGUCCCCUCCACCUCAGAAUCCAGUGACUCCUCUUUGAAUGAGACUCAUCUGCAGCAGACUGAAGUGGAUAGGAGGCAGUGGAAUCCAUUUCACUCUAUCCCUCAGGAUUUGAGCAAUGUUGACGGGGACUCUAAGAAGCGUGAUUUAGAGGUUCUGAAUGAGCCGGGUUUAGCCACCAUCUUUGCACCUCCUCUUGAGUUUCAGAGCACACAACAGGACUUCAACUCUGACCAACAACAGGCUGAUGGUAACCUUCCCACUAUACCAUCUGAGACAUACAAUUUUAAAAACAUGUCUGAAAGAUUAUCACCAGAUCUUUUCAAAACAACACCCUUGACUCAGAACAGAGUCGAUUUGACUCGCCGUUCAAAAUCAGUGGAGAUUAUCGAAAUUCCAGACCUAUCACAGAAAAGGGAAAAGGGAGAUGACCCAUUCCAGGCUCCUCCUACCACUGGAGGUGGCCCAUGUAAAGCUCAGGCUUCCAAGAAAGAUGACCUAUUCCAAGACCCUUAUACCCAGGGACGUGACCUAAAUGUGACUCCUUACAAAAAUGGAGAGUACGUAUUCACAGCUCCUCCUACAAAUGGAAAUGACUUAUUCAACAAUUCUUCCACUAAGGGACGUGACCUGUUCACUGUUCCUUCCUCCAAGAGAGAUGACCUUUUCAAAUCUCCUAUCACCAGCGAAGAUGACUUAUUCCGAGCCCCAUUGUCCAAUCAAAUGGACCUCUUCCACUCCACUCCUUCUGAAACAUCCAAACUAUUUCAAGCUAUGCCCUCUAGGUUAUUUGACCCCGUCCAAAGUCCCUCUUCUGUAGUGAUUUCUGACAUCUUUCAACCACCAUCCAAGAUGCAAGAAAUGUUCCAGUCCUCACCUAAUGACAUUUUUCAGAGUGCCUUUUUCCUUACUGACUCCAAUCAGUCCACGCCUUUAUUCCCGGCGUUACCAGGGCAGGGCGCGGACAUCUUCUCUGGGUCUGAUUUUGAAAAGACUGCUGAACUUUUCAAUGCAUCGCUCUCAAACACUAAGGUUUCCAACCUGGCCACACCCUCUGAUAAACAGUACAACAUAUUCCUGACAAGUCCCAGUGGAAGCAAAUUUGACAUUCUUCAGUCCACCCCAAAUUCCCAGCAAAAUGGUUCGCUCAAGGCAACAUCCCCAUCCCACAAAGAGACUCCUAAUGAUUCAGUCCAGCUGAAGACCCCAAACAGACCACCAAAACCCGCUCCUCGAAAAAGACUUCCCAAGUUACCAAGUCAGACAGAGGCUGAGCAACCGGCUCCAAAACCUGCACAACGAACCUUUCAAUCGAAGAACAUUCCUCAGGACAACCAAUUAGACCAGUUUGAAGACAAUGCAGUCUAUGAAGACAUUCUUCUGACUGGACAGGAGAGGUGUGUCGAGGAUUGGCCUGAUGAUAGUCCUGAGCUCAAACCUGACUGGAAACCUUCUGGCAAGCUGAGGCUUAGGAGGGAGUCCAUAUUGGUUAAAGCCAGAACUGAUGGUGGGUUUGAAGAGCUGGAAGAGAAUGGAAUGGGAAAAGAUGAAAAAAAUAAAAGGGGGAGAAAAUUCAAGGUAUCCUUUCUGUCCAGAAGAGGGUCAAAAAAUACAUUUUCUGAUGAUUUGAAGAAUGGUGACAGCAGCACACUACGUCGUGGAUCGAAGGAGACAUUUUCUGAAUCUAAGGAUGGAGAGGGCAGUCGUUUUCGUCGGCGGUCAGAGGAGGGCUUUUUGCAUCAAGACUUUACAAAGAAAGGGGUAGAGGUGUUUGAAGAUGAAGACAAGGAAAAUUAUAUGGGGCAUGGCAAACGGAAGUCAUCAGAAGUCAAAUUCCAGUUUCCUGUGUUUCAGCAAAGGGGAUUUAAGGAUGCAUUGUCAGCUGAAAGUCUAGAAAAAUCAACCCUUUGUUCUCAAGAUGGAUCAAAGCAGGAGGGCCUUCUUGGUGAUGACUUUCCUCAGAAGGAAGCCGCUUUAUCUUCAUGGGCGAAUGGGGAUGAACAGAUUGGGAUGGAAGGUGGCGAAAUGGUCACAGGCCUGUAUGAGAAAUCUGAAGAGGAAGAAGAUGAACUUGAUGAGACGAGUCAACUUAAAAGACAUAAACUGAUUAAAAUGAAGUUUGUGCCUCGCAGAGGGUUGACCAUCAUCCGCGCUAAGAGUUCCCUCAAUGAACCAAAGAAUGUUCGUGGACAUGCACCUCGCGGGCAGUCCCCUGUGCUUCUUGAGAAACCUCCUGAUGAAACAACUGGUGCCUGUGGUUAUACACCAAACAAGGAGACCAAGGGCUUGUUAGAUGCGGACUUGGUUCAAAAGGGGACUGGUUCCUUUUCUACUAAAGAGAUGAAUGAAUGUCAUCAGAACGGGAUGGAAGACUACAAACCGAAAAAAACAUUCAAAUUCAAAGUUCGACAUGGAAAUCGUCAAAGAUCUUCAAGUGCCGGGGAGAAUUUACAGGCUAGCAGUUUACAUCAAGACUCACCACGAAGAAAAUCUGCGGAUGACCUUCUAGAAGGUGAUGUGCCUCAAAAAGGAGCAGAUCUCUUCUAUGUUGGACAGAUUGAGGAAGAACCCAAUGUGAUGGAGCACUGCAAGCCGAAGAAACCAUCUAUAUUUAAGAAACCGUUUGCAAGUCGUCGGAAAUCAGCCCCAAUCCAGGAAAUGUUUCAGCAUGAAAAUUCAGGGAUUAUAACAGAACGCUAUACACCUCGGCGAGCAUCCCAUGAGGGCUUUCUAGGCGAUGAGACUCCUCAGAGGAGGUCAGAUCUGUUCUCAGCACAAGGAAAAGAAGACGAUUAUGAAGAUACUGCAUUUAGCAAGCCGAAUCGAGACAGAAAUGGAGGGAUGGCUGAGUACCCACCUGGCGCCACCUGUAGUAACUACUACCUCUCCGAGGCUGCCGAGGCUGAGUGGCGUUCCGCUCAGAUGGACGAACACGUUUCAGAAGGUCUCGUGGACGAGGAGCCAGAAGGGGACACUGACAGCUUGAUGGAGUGGUGGAACACUGUCGAACAAUGGGAUGAGCUGCCGUCUGAUGAUGAGAACACGCCGGCGAAGGAGGAUGAGACGAGGUCGUUCACUCAGCUUGCGGAGAAGGUGCGCCGGGGCCUGCGCGUCUUCAACAAGCUAUUCAUGGAGCGCGCCGAGGUCCUCUGGCAGUACGUCAUCCUGCUCAACGGCUUCGCCGACGACAUGGCCGACUUCCACAAGAAGGCCAAGAUCGGCAACAUCACCGGCGGUACCACCGCCGCCAUCGGGGGAGGCGCGGCCAUCGUGGGCCUGGCCCUCGCCCCCUUCACCUUCGGCGCCUCGCUCAUCGUCACGGCAGUGGGCGUUGGCGUGGCUGCGGCCGGCGGUAUCACGUCGGCCUCCGCCACCAUCUCGGACAAUGUGAACAACAUGAAUGAGAGGAAGAAGGUGGAGGUGGUUCUGGAGCAUUACCACGCCAUGAUGGAGGAGUUAAGGAAGGCCCUGAGGUUUGUGGGCGAGGGUGUGUAUAGACUCCGGGGGCAUCCUCUCCUCCGAGCCGGCACCCAGCAUUACUCCGGGGACUGGGAGGUCCGCCGGGCCGUUCAAAUGGCCAGCCUGGUUGACAGACCUGUGUCGAGGGCCACAGAGAUAACGGAAGGAGCCGCUCUGGCCCUCAGAAGCCUCUUUAAAGGAAUGGAUAAAUUCUUCACCAAGGACACCCGUGAAUUGAAGAAGGGGUUUAAAAAAGCGGCUGUGUUAACGAUUCGUCAGGUGGCUCAGGUGCUGCAUGAGGGCCUGGUGGAGCUGAACGGCAUCAGGGAGGAGCUGCAGGAUGCUAAUGGGAAUUCGUAAAUACCUACAACUUCCACAGUGCAACCUGACUGACUUAUGUAACUCAAGGUCCCCCUCUACUGGCCAAACUGAAGACGGUUCAAGAUCUCCCUGGAUUAUUCUGUUUUACAAAGACUUAAGGACUUGGCCAACUAUUAUAGUUCCCGUUAUGUUGUUCCUGUUUGAAAGUAAAGGAGAAACGGGACAUCUGCCUUUUGACCAAAGUUCUUUAAACUGGUAAUUCAGACAACUAAACAGUAAAGCAGUUGUAUGGGUGACUUUGCUGUUUUGAUCUUGCAUACAGACCUUUGUGAGGUGCCUAAAAUAGAUGUAUUUCAAGGAACAACUGAAACUGUUGAGAUGACUGUACUGCUGAGAUGACUGUACUUGCUAUGGCAAUACAUCCACAAUAGGUCGAUUUUUCUCAUUACAGUAUUGCUUUUGGUGCUGUGUUCCCCAGGAAAUUAAAAGAUUAAGUAAAUGUUUCAUUUUGCGGUAAUGGGAUUACUGUAUGUUUUGGAUGCACAUUUGUUAUACUUUUAAAACGUGGAAUAAUUUAAAUGUUAAUAAAUUAUACUAAACUAAAAUAAAGUACAUUUUGAGAACGCU